UUUAUGGGAGUGUUUUAUCUGUGUGGGCGGGACUUUGUGACACCACGAGCAUUCUGAUUGGUUAUCGGAAGUCGGCGUCACCAGCGGCUCCGGAUGUAGGAAAAUUAGUGUUGUGCCUUUCAUUCUUGACAGCUCUCUCGCUGCUGGAGUGUUCAUGAAUGUCCGUGUAAGAAAUUGGAUAUUACAGUUAACGUUUCGACGUUACCUAACCUAACUGGGAUGUUAUCAUGGAUACAGAAAAUACACAAGAGGGAGAGGCGCAGCGAAUGAGGAACUGUGCUCCCCCAUCUGACCGAGAUGCACCUGUGGACACUUUGGCCUCUUCUCUCCCCCUCUCGGGAAACCACACAACUCCAGAACCAGCGGGGAGAAAUGAUUGUGUUUCAGUUGUCGAGGAUCAGAAUAAGUACAGUUCGGAUCUGUCGGGCGACACAAAAGUGGAACUUGAUAGCAGGUCAUCUUCAAAGUUAGACUGUGAAGAGACUGACAGUGUCUCCACCCAUCAGGAUGUUACCGCUGACAAUGAGCAGAGUGACUCCGGGGAGUUUGUGGUCACGAUGCUGGCCAAAGCCAAGCUGGAGGAGCAAGGAAUCGGUGUAAAAGGUCGAUCUUCUCCUUUACUUGAGGCAGGAAUUCAGGAGGCGUCUGCAUUUGCAUCCCAUCGCGACGAGGACGUGACGACUGACAGCUGGCGGCAGCACAGGAAGCACGUGUUUGUUCUCAGUGAAGCUGGCAAGCCCAUCUACUCCCGUUACGGCAGUGAGGAGGCGCUCUCAUCUACAAUGGGAGUCAUGAUGGCACUUGUGUCUUUUGUCCAAAGUGGAGAUAAUAUCAUCCGUUCUGUCUAUUCAGAGGAGCACACUGUGGUGUUUCUGCAGAAAGGCCCCCUCGUGCUGGUGUGCGUCUCCAGCAGCUGUCAGUCUGAGCAGCAGCUCCGCGGAGAGCUCCUUUACGUGUACUACCAGAUCAUCAGUAUGCUCACCCAGGCCAGCAUCUCCCGCAUCUUCGAACACAAGAAGAACUAUGACCUCAGACGACUCCUGGCCGGCUCGGAGAAGAUCCUGGACGGUCUCCUCAACCUGGUGGACUCGGAUCCCAGCUUUUUGCUUGCAGCGGUGCAUUGCCUCCCCCUAGCGUCUUCUCUCAGGGACUCCCUCAGCCAGAUCCUGCAGAAAGCCAUCACGCCCAAUUUGGUUUUCUCCAUCCUCAUCGCCAAGAACCAGCUGCUCACCAUAGUCCAGGAGAAGACUGUGAUCGAGGACGUGAGGCUGGAUCCGGCUGACGUUCACCUUCUGCUCAACCUCAUCGGAGCCUCGUCUGCCUUUCAGGCCGGAGAGAUCUGGACUCCCAUCUGCCUCCCUCUCUUUAACCCGGACUGUUACUUCUACGCAUAUAUUUCCUACCUUGAUCCCCCAGAAUGCACUGUGUGUUUGCUGCUGCUCUCGACAGACAAGGAGGCUUUCUACGCCGUAGCCGAGUGCAAGAGGAAGAUAGAGGAGGCCAUGACGGCGCAGAACUCUCUGAGCCUCAUCGCCAAAGCCCAGUCUUACAGCGUGAGCCAGGUCGGCGUUUCAGACCUCCGGCAUUUCAUGUAUAAACCCUUCGAUGUGCCAGACAACCACCGGCAGCUCACUCAGUUCACCAGCCCGGAGAUGGAGGCUCCUUACAGCAGCGAGGAGGAGAAAAUGCGUCUCCUGGAUCUUUAUCGAUAUAUGCACAGCCGCAUCCACAGCAGCUCACGGCCGCUCAAACUCAUCUACCACGUCGCUGAGAAGGAAACCCUGCUAGCCUGGGUGACGAGUAAAUUCGAGCUGUACACCUGCUUCAGCCCUCUGGUGACCAAAGCCUGUGCCAUUACUGCUAUCACCAAGCUCCUAAGAUGGAUUAAAAAGGAGGAGGACCGCCUCUUCAUCAGAUACCCCCCAAAGUAUUCCACUACCCCAAACCCCAGCAAGAGCUCUAAAAGCAGCAAAUCGGACCAGCAGGACUCGGCAGAUAAUGGCUUGUCUCUUCUGUAAUAGCUCUCCCUCUUUCAAAAACCAUUUGUACACUGGCUCCAGUAUAUUUUUGAAGCUUUUUUCCUGGAUUUUAUAGACGCCGUAGGUGAAUCAGACACUACAUUUUACAUUAUUUAAGGAGGACUGGGUUCUUUGAAUCUCUUUUACCUGAACAACAAAUGACAGGAGGCGUAAACACCGAAGUGAUGCUUUGAUGUUAUUUUAUAACAAGAAAAAGGAUUUUCCUCAUUCAGAUAACAGGUCAUGUAAUUAUUUAUUGUUUAUUUCACUGAAAAAACUACCUUUUACUCAGAUGAGCUCAUGCAUAAAAGUUUUAAAUGAUCAGCACAGUUCCUAACUACUGGUUUUGCAAUAACUAUAGAAGCAGCUUGUUUUGGGGAAUCACAAUACCUGGAACAGUUUGAAGAGGGAUAACCCUUUUGAGUGAGGUCACUCAUCCCUUUACAGGAAUUAGAAAAUAAACUCUCUUAAGAGAAGAUGUUCUUUCUCAGAGGUUUCAUCUUCAGAUCAUCUCCACAGUUUUUUAGUGAAAAGCUACGUUUUAGCAGUCUUCACCGUGUUCUCUACCAUGACUAUUUUUGAAUAUUCAUUUUUAAAACCUGGCUUAUAAAUGUAGCUGAGUCCUGGUUUCUUCUCAGGCGUUUUCUGUUGGAACUUCUAGAAUGUUGUGUGCGGAAUCAUGAAAUAAAUCCUGGGUUGCACAAA